AUCCCCGUCCCCGCUCCGUGCCCGCCGCCGCCAUGAAGAUCUGGACCUCGGAGCACGUUUUCGAUCACCCCUGGGAAACGGUAACGACGGCUGCUAUGCAGAAAUACCCAAAUCCCAUGAACCCCAGCGUGGUUGGCGUCGAUGUCCUGGACAGACACGUAGACCCUAGUGGGAAGUUGCACAGCCAUAGACUCCUCAGUACAGAAUGGGGAAUACCCUCCAUUGUGAAAUCGCUCAUUGGCACAUGCAGAACAAAGACAUAUGUUCAGGAGCACUCUGUUGUUGACCCAGUGAAAAAAACAAUGGAGCUUAAAUCCAGUAAUAUUUCAUUUACAAACCUAGUGUCAGUAGACGAGAGGCUUGUCUAUAAACCACACCCUCACGAACCAGACAAAACCAUUUUGACACAAGAAGCAAUAAUAUCUGUAAAAGGUGUCAGUCUCAGCAGUCACCUAGAAGGGCUAAUGGCAAACACAAUUUCUUCCAAUGCUAAUAAAGGCCGUGAAGCAUUGGAAUGGGUAAUUAAUAGACUGAAUGCUGAAAUUGAAGAGUUCACAGCUUCAGCAAGAGGAACCAUGAGGAAUUCAAUGGCAGCAGCAGCAUUUGUAGAGAAAUGAUAGUAAAUAUACCUGUAUUACUAACAAGGUAAUCUGAAGCUUCUCUCCACACCUAAAUACGUGUAUCCUUUGUUAUUUAAAGGCAUACCUGUGUAUUAGGCAUGUUUCAAAUUUAAUUUGGAGAAAAGCUGAAUUCUUACUAAUGAGGCUGAUGUGCAAAGCCUAGUUAAUAUAUUGGUUCAGCUGGACCGAAUUUCGGUUACAGAUGAAGAAAAAAUUUUCAAGUAUAGUUCCUGUAUUUACAUGAACACUAACUUACAAUGUUUUCAGAUAUGAAAUAGCCUCAUUUAGCGAUGAGGCUGCAUAUGGUGGAGGAGACUGGCAUGUUACGUUAACUUCUGUGGAAUUUUUAUUUUUGUGUGACUUAUGGACUACCUCUUUUGGGACCAAGCCCAAAAUUAAGCAGAAUGGUUUGUUCCACCAUUGUUCUGUUUGUUAAUUUUUGAUAGUUGUGUGAUACAACUUGGUUUAACAGAAAGUUUAUUACUUGAUGCUUGAAAUACAAAAGAAUGUACAAAAUAUUUUUUGAUAAGCUUUUUAACUUGUUUGACUGGUUGAGCUAACAUGGUACUCAAAUUGUUUUCAGUCAAUAUAGGUAAAACAAAAAGUGUCUCUUAUCUACUAAGACCUAAAUUCUAUUCCUAAAUGUGACAUUAAUGAGCUGGGCGUGCAGUAACUUAAAAUUUUAUCUUAAACUUCUAUAACAAGUAUCUCUGUUUCUAAAAGCCCAUUAAAUAAAGGGGUGCAAUAAGCAUAGAGCCUUAAAAUCCUACAAGCUGCUAGGGCAUCUAAGAGUAGUAGGUGUUCACUUCAAAAUUUCAAAGAACCACUUAAAGGACUAAAAAAACCUUUGUGCAGUUGGCUAAAGAGAUACCUAAACAUAAGAGGAAGUAAUAUUAAAGAAUGUUAACGAUAUUAACGUGAUCACACUCCAAAAAUAACCUGUUACAUCAACUGAAUAUUGUGUUGUCCUUUAAUUUAAACAGUGUUCUAAGUUCCAGAAGUUCCUUUACCUUUUGAACUAAUUUGCUCACAAUACAAGGCUCUUUAAAUGAAAACCUUGAGAAUAAAAAGUUUUCUACAGUUUGUGUUUGUUUCUUGGUACUCGCAGUAGAUUCUUGGUACUGCCACCAGUCAUUAGCUGUGGGAACUUAAAGGUCAGACCUUGACAUCCUUCCUUACAUAGUAUACCAGUCUGCUGGUAGUCCUCUUGACUUCAGCAGGGGCUAUCUGUCCCAUGAGGCUCCUUCAGUGUGAAGGAAAAACGGAAAGACACAGCCUUGAAUUAGCUGAUGCUUGUAUUUUGGUGUCAGAGCCUUUUCCUGGAAUUUUGAUUCUAAGCUUACAAGUAAUUUCAAGACUCUCUCUCAGCCUUUGAGAACUGUAAUGUCACCUGUCCCAGCAUAUUUUAUGUUCUGUUAUAUCAGAAUUGCCUAUUGAAUAGUGUCUGCUAUAUGGAGAACCAGAGCUUAUUUUAAGUGGUAAACACAUGGGAACACAUUCUUCUGGAAGAUUUGUGUAAGGGGAAGAAAACAGGUGUGUGUAUGUAUAUAACUUUUUAAAAUUUAACUAUUCUAAAUAUUUUUCUAAAAAGAAAUGGUUUGAGACUACCUUACUAAAUUGAAAUCACUGAAGUUUGCCAUGCUUUUACAGGAGAUUGUUACAACUGAAAUAGCAUUUCAAUUUAAAAAGUGUAUGUGAAACUUCUGCAAAUCUGUUCCAUUGUUUCUGAUAAAAAUGCAAUGCUUGAAACUCAUUUUAAAUGUUUGUUUAGCCAUUAGCAUCACUUGGUAUUUUAAAGUCAACUUUUUCUUUUCCUAAUUUUCCUGCACUAAGGACUGCAUAGUAUGAACUCAGUUUGUCCUUGCACUGAAAAAAACCUUACUGUUUAAUUUUUGCAAGCAUUCAACAACUUCCUGAAAGAUCAUGAUUUUCUUUCUUCUAUUUUAUUUAUAUGCCUACAUUCUCAUUCUGUCAGAGAGUAUGACUUUCUGUAUGUGGCGCUUUUUAAAUAAAAUUUUAUCUGAGUUCUGGCUA